AUGCGAGCUUUCCUAAAGAAUUCAGAGCGGUGUUUCCAGCUGAAAUCCGACACCACGACCAUCGGGAGCCACAGAGGGGCCGACAUCGUCCUGCAGGCCGCAGGUGUGGCAGAUCUUCACGCAGCCCUGGAAUUCUCUGCCUCAGACAACAGCUUCAUCCUUCAGGACUUCAACUCCCCCCACGGCACCUUCGUCAACAGCUGCCAGGUUCAAAACGCGGCCGUCAGGGUGAGCCCGGGGGAUAUCCUGAGCUUUGGCACGGCGGGAGCGUCCUUGGAGCUGGUGCUGGAUGGGGCUGCCCAGAUGUCCUGUCCCCCCUUGAAGCGUCGCAUAGGGUGGAGCAGGCAGCUCCAGGUGGGUGCAGAGCCCAAAGCCUGGACUUCUUCAUCUCCUCUGGGCCUGCCCUCGCUGCAGUGGCAGCUUCCCCCCGGCUCCCUGGGCAGGGGGACCCCCAGAGCCCCCAGCCACAAGCCCCAUCUGCCGCUGCCAAAGCGACCUGCGAGUGCCCGGGGCAGGAGCACGGCCGGUGCCACCUCUCUGGACACCUUCAGCAGGACCUCUGCGGCGAGGCCAGUCUCAGCCAGCUUCCCAGGUGAUGGUGCAAGGGGGGGACCCCCUUCCCUGGGCACUCACCAGGUGGAUCUCCUCCUGCAGGAGAAGGGUGAGAAGCUGCUGGAGAAGGAGAUGGGUCACCUUUUUGGUUUGGAUACAAAGGGGAGGGAUGUGGUGAUAAGAGACCUGCAGGAGGAGAUCGCAGCCACGGCAAAGAAACUGGCCCAGGCAGCAGUGAGGAGCGAGGCUGAGCUGACCCAGAAGCUGCUCACCUUCAACCGAGAGCUGGGAGCCCAAACAGAGGAGAUCAAAGGCCUGAGGGAACAGAUCAGUGACCUGCAGAAAAGCUCAAAUCAGGUUUUCAGCCAUUCCCUUCAUGAGAGAGACCUGGAGAUCGGGAGGUUGCGGAGAGAAAGUGAGAAGUUGAAGAGGGAGCAGGCUUUGACUGCAGGUCUGAUGAGCAGCAUGCAAAGGGAGCUGGUGCAAAAGGAGCAGAAAAUCCAGCAACUCCAGCAAGAGACCGAAAAACUGAUUAAGGAAAACCAAGAGAAGGACAAUCAGCUGGCUGUGGUUUCAACCAAGUGCUUGAGGAUUAAAGAAGAAGCAAAGCGUGAACUCGGAGAGGAGGAACUAAUCUCCUGCAGAAAUCGCAUCGAGGAGCUGGAGCAGGACCUGGAGGGGCUGAAGGGGGAGAUCCAAAAGCACGAGAGUGUCCAAAAGCAACUGGCUGAGAAAGCCAAGGCAGAGGAGGAACUGAAGGCAGCCUGGUCCCAGCAGGCGGAGCAGCUGCGGGAGAUGGGGCACAGGGAGCGCCUGCUGAGGUCUGACCUGCAGCGAGCUGGGGAGCAGCUGGAGUCCUUCAAGACCCGAGUGAUGCAAGUCUGUUCUCCAUCAGCAGCUGGCAGCACAGGGAAAUCUGUAACGGAGCAGCAGGUGAUAGAGAAGGUCAGGCAGAUCUCUGAUGAGAGCCAACAGAGUCACGAGAGAGAGAAGAGUCUGCAGGAGGAAUUAAGCUCCAAGCUCGCAAAGGAGGAGGAGGUGUCUGCAAACAUCAAGGUGUUCAAGAACUCCCUGCAGAAGCUCCAGGCCUGCCUGAGGAGCUCCUGCAGCAGCUCCAGCCUGCGAGGGGAGCUGGGGCAGCUGGAGGUGUUGUGCCUGGGUCCCUCUGUCUCAGCCAUCAGGACAGCAGUGGUGGACAUGGCACGUGGUCCCCUGGCCUGGCUGGAGGGUGCAGAGCAGCUCCUGGACAGCCUGGGGAUGGACCUGCACACCUCUGGCAAAGGGCUGUUGGCUGCUCUCGAGAGCUUGUCGGAGAAGAUGCAGGAGAUGGCACAGAGCAAUCAGAUGUUGCAGGAGCAAUUAGAGAAGCUCCAGGAGCUGCAGGCAGAGCUGCUGCAGGAGCACACAGAGGAGCUGGAAGCUAAACAUGAGCAAGACUUAGAGAUAAAAAUCCAGCAAAUCAUCCUGGAAAAGGACAAGGAGCUCAAACAGAUUCUGGAAAGCGCCGUCGCUGAGGAGAAGGACAAGUGCAAGAAAUCUGUGGAGGAAGAACAGAAGAAGAUCCAGGAGCUGGAAAGCCACCUAAGAAGCAUGGCUGAGGCAACAGCAAAGAAGGCAGAGGAGCAAGAACUGACGGAGGGAAAACUGAGAGAAGCUUUGCAUGAGCUGAAGAAAAUCACUGCACAAGAGGUGGUGCUACAGCAGCAGGUGCUUCAGCAGGACCAGCAGCUCAGGGCUGUCCAGGAGGAAAAUGAGUCACAGAGACAGAAACUGCUAGAAGAUGUAGCAGGAUACAGGGAGCAAAGCAAGCAGCACUCCCUGACCAUCCUGGCUUUAGAGGACAGGCUGAUGGAGGCCACUCAGCAGCAGAAGGUGCUGGAGGAGGAAAAGGCAACACUUGUGGGAAAAAUAGAAGGGCUUCAGUGUGAUGCCCACAGGUCAGCACCGGGAGCUUGGCCGGGGAUUUGUCCUGCCAUGGAGUCUCACGUUUGUCUGAGGAAACUGCGGGAGGAGCUGGCAGCGGCACAGGGCACGCUCCUGGAGAAGAGGGCAGUCAUCAGCAGGCUCAGCAGGGAGCUGUCAGAAACCAGAGCCAGGAUGUCGGACAUGAGAGGGGAGCUGAGUGAAGAGCAGAAGGUGGAGCUGGAGCACAGCCAGAGGCAGCUGAAACACCGGGAGUGGGAAGUGAACCAGCUCAGGGAGAAGCUAUCCGAGAUGUCCAGCCUUGUGGAGGAGAAGGAUCGGGCCCUGAAAGCAGCAGCUCAGGAGUUAAGCCAAGCCCAAACGCGCUGCCGGGUGCUGAGGGACGCUUCCCAGCAAACACUGGAGAGCCCAGAGGAUGCUCCCAGGACACCCCUGCAGGUGGAACCUGACUUCUUCCAGGAGCCACCAUCAGACUUGGCUGAGCUCGGUGCAAAAUGCCGAGGCCUCAGGCACGAGGAAACGAUCCAGCGCCAAAAAGAAGGUUUGGCUGAGCUCCGGGAGAGAGUGAAGAUGCUGGAGAAGAGGCAGUGCUCAGGUGCCGUGAAGAGCAAUUUCGAGCCACUGGUGGUCCGGAUGAGAGACUUACCAGAGAAAAGAGUCCAACAAAGAGGUCUUGAGCUGGAACCUGCACCUGUGUUGGGAGAAAAUCUGAAGGCUGGCAAGGCAGGGAGGCAGUGUGAGGUUCCUGAGCAUGUUCCUCAUGGGGGCUCGUUCAGGAUCACCAGCUGGGAAGUGGCUGAGGCGACAGACUUGGGUGAGAAGAUGUACCUUGAUGUAAUUGGUGCUCUGGGAAGCCUGGUGGAGAUGAAGGAGCUGUCAGGAAUGCAGCCUCUGCAGCACCUGCCUCAGGAGAGAAGGGCAGAAGUGGGACUGCAGAGACAGAAGGCCCUGGAGCUGUUGUACAAAAAGAUCAGGAACCUCCAGGUUCGCCUGGAAAGGAAAGAAGAAAUGCUGAAAGGUUAUGAGGGAAGUGUGGAGCAGCUCAGGCAGAGCCAAGCUUCCCUGAGAAGGUGCCAGGAGGAGAUGUCCAGCCUGGAAGAUGAAGCCCACAGGGAGGCAGAAGAGAAGGCUCUGCUGCGAGAGGCUCUGGAGAGGAUGCAGCUCCAGCUGGACCAGGAGAAGAGGCUGCGGCAAGCGGCCAAGCGGCACAAGCCUGGAGCCACAAAGCCUCUCUGCUCAGGCAAGGCCAAGGAGCGCGUGGCUGAUGCUGUCAAAUCGGGAAGCUCACGGGAGCAGCACCACGGGGACCUUCACUAG